AUGAAGUACCUAAACAUCAUCCCGUUCAUCGUUGGCGGAAGCUACGCUGUUCUCUGCGCUUCCAACGGACCCAGCACUGCCCCCGAGCCAGUCGUCAACACCCUUGAUGGCUUCAAAAACGAAAAACUCUACACCCAUAUUUCCAAGAUUGUCAGGAACGUUCCUGGCUACGAGGCAGUCAUUACUGCCGCCGAUUGUGCUAUCGCAUCUCCUAAGUACAUGACGUACAUCUCGCUGAAGCAUUACAACCCGACGGCCUGUGCCCAGGCGUGCAACAUGCACGCCGGAUGUGAUGGUUUCAACAUUUACGUCCAGCGUGAACCCGGCGUCCAGCCCAGCCAAAAUUGCCCCAACCCCACCGCCAUUGCUGUCACCAGGUGUGCACUGUACUCAGAGCCCGUCACCAAGUCUCAGUGCACCAACGAAGGCCAAAAGAUUGGUCCUGUCGAUUACCACAAUCUUCCAUUCGAGGUCGCCAUUCGUGGAUCCAAUGCGUACAACAAGCUCCCCGUCAAAGAGAAGGUCAAGGUGGUCACCGUCACAAAGUAUUUGACCGAAGCGGCGAUCCCAACUUCCGGGUUCUUGUCUUUGGGUUCAAACACUCGUCUCAUCACCCCUGCGAAGACUGGAACCGCGUUUCCAACCUCCACCUUGUAUGGUCCCAGGGUCACACCUCACACCCCCGACCUUGCCAGCAACAUCGACUCCCACGGCCGCACUUUCUCUUCCCGCACCGUCACCGCUACGAUCGACGGCGUAGUCCGCAUCAACGAGGCGAGGGUGGUGGAAUUUCCCGAAGGAGCACCGAUCAGCACUGAUGGUCCCUUCCCUCAUGUCACCCCCAGCUCUAGUCAGGUGACGACGACUUCUUCGGCUUAG